AUGAGUGCGACACCCGGUACCGCAGCCGGUGGCGCGACUCCCGCUACCGUCAGUGACGCAGAGUCGAGCGACAUGGCUGUCACCAAGAUCGCGAACACGCAAAAAGACACGAAAGCAGCGACUGCAACGGACAUCCUUCCGCCGCCAGUCUCACACCCGACCGAUCCAAACGUGCCGUCCUUAGUGACUCUACCUGGUGAGGUUCGCAACGCGAUCUACGAGGCACUCUUCAUUCGCGAAGAUCCUAUUCAGAUUCAUGCAAACAGUUUCGAUCCUCUCGGUUACCACUCCGGCAGUGUCGUCCUCGGAACUGCACUCCUCCAGUCAUGUCGCCAGAUCCAAUAUGAGGCCACUGGUAUCUUUUAUGCACGAAACGUGUUUCAACUAGUGCUUCCUCUAAGUACGGACGACGAAGACGGCCUUGUUUGGGCUAUGGACUGGCUUCGCAUCAUCGGCAAACAGUCGUCCUUUCUUUGCGUGAUUCAGCUCGAUAUCCACAACUUGCUUGAAGCAGACGGAGACUUGGAGAUCCUACCAAUACUGGCGUACACUUGGAAGCUGGAACACAAGGACAUGGCUGUUUCCUUUGUGACAUCACCCGAGAGGUUGAUUGUGGGCUUUCAAGGCAAUCGGCCAUGGUCUGCCAACCAUACGGCUAAGAUUAACAAAGGGUUGAGUACGCUCAUCGCUGAUCCCUCAAACCUUCUUAGGAAGUACUGCAUUGCGAGCAUGCUGUUGAGGGUCAAACUCGACACAGAUGGAUCGGAAGUUCUCAUUUCAUACCGCCAUAAUCACCGUGGUGGUGGUGAUUGGAUGACGCAAGGCCGCAUAUCAAUCAGCGAUGAAGGUCAGGCGCGUAUGAUUUCGCGCAACAGGAACCCAGGGUUUUGUGAUCUCAUGACGAUACAUGGGGUGAGAAAGAAGCUUUUCGAUUCGAUCCAACCCCCAGGACUGGAAUCAGUCUUCGACUUGACGAACCAGACCACGAAUCUCAACCUUAAAAGCCUAGCUGGCGCGAACCGGUUGUUACGUCGCGAAAUCAUGCUGGAAGUCGGCGACUAUGACUCAAUCUUCAACUCAACAACUUCGACGCGGAAAUACAACUUUGCUACCGAGCUGGAGAGGUUCGAAGCCAUCCAACUACACGGCCACCCACGCUACUUUCAUCUGUACUUCGACCUAUCGGAACAAUUUACCCUCGAGGAUAUUCGAUUCGAUGCACUGCCAUUUAUAUCUUCGCUGAGUUGGUUAAACCACGACGUCCACUUGAAGAUCGAGGUCCGCCAUCCGAUCGAUUCCGAGACACCAAACCGGACGGUCACGUUGCUCUUGAGAGAACUACAGGUUAGCGUUUUCUGCUUCCUAUACAACCUCCUGGAGACCUAUCCCAAGAACAUCUACCUUCCGCGCCCUAAUGUCUGGACGAAUGGGCUUGGUAAAGUGAAAGAAGUGACAUGGCAAGAUGAGCUGGGGUUGGAACCUCUGGAUACUUCAUACCUGGACAACAGUCAUGGUGUGAUGCAGCGGAUCAGUAGCGGAGUUGCGAAUGACUGGGCUUCGAUAGAGAUAAGUCGUAUCCUUCCUGGUAUUCAAGACACACUGCUCGAGUUCCUCGGGGAGAAACAUGGGUGGUGA